AUGGAAGGAAUGAAUCCCAUUGCAGCCAUUGUACAACCAUCCGCCUUGAAGCCUCCAGUCUUCGUGGGAUUGGCAAGCGCUCUAUGUGCACUUAGUGGCAGCAUCAUUGCACUACGGCUUUGGACUAAUUUCAACCACAUUCAAAAGCUUCACGUUGACGAUUACUUAUGUGUGCUGGCACUCCUGUUCCUGAUAUGGAACUCUGUCACUUUCUCCAUGCUGUUUGAUGGUAAUAUUUUCACCAAUCUGAGAUGUGAGCUCGCAAAAGAAGGACUAACCAAGUUCAAAACAGUGUUGAACUCCAACCCUAACGAUGUAACCAUCGAACAUCUUACAAGGCUGGUUGCGGUCGGAAUCGCGUCAGGCAACAGUGCAAUUUACAGCGCGAAGUUGCCUCUGCUUUUCAUGCUUAUCCGAAUCUUUGGAAUCAAGGAUUGGUUGCGCUGGACGUGUAUAUUUCUCGUUGUCGUCGGAACUUUGGGCGGCGUGAUAACGCUGUUGUAUGCCGGUAUCUCCUGCAGUCCAGAUCUUCACGAGCCAACGCCACCAUUCUUGUUCUCAUGUGUCAGCGCCCUCACGAAUGCGACCAUUGCCCGUGGCUCCAUAUCGCUCGCCGUCGAUGUCAUCGCAUUCGUUCUCCCGAUUCCAAUUAUCGUGGUUCUUAAGAUGCCACUUCGUAGGAAGAUUGGAGUGGCCUUUGUCUUUGCUACGGGUCUUCUUGCCAUUGCAGCCAGCGCAUUGGGUUUGUACUUUCAGAAGGCGCAGUCCGUGAAAUCUUCUACCAACUUUGCCAAUGCUUUGCUUGUCACUGUCAUCGAAAGCGCCGUCGUCCUCAUGGUCAGCUGCACACCUGCUAUUCAUGUAUUCUGGACCAAGUAUGCAGGCUUCCUGCGCAGCCGCUUUGGACUGCUAACCUCAUCACACACCAAGUCGAAGCUUUCUGAAUCCAAAACCAACCUGGGAGGAACCACUACGCCAAACUCAGAUCGCACCCAGGUCCGCACACAUGAUUACGUUGAACUACAGGAAGUCGCAGAUAUGGGGAAGUCACCAUACGAUCCUAGGGUGUUGACUGUUAAGCAAUACGUGUAA